GAAAACAUCCCCGCACCAAAGGGACCCGGCCAGUACGGUCGAGUCAUGCCGGACGAGUACACGCAGAUCGUCACCUCGGACGACAUCAAGGCGCCGUACCUCGCGUCGACCGACGUCGCGAAGAUGCGCGCUUUUUGGCUCGAAUGGCUGCGUUACGAAGACGCCGUCAUGGAGCGCUUUAAGCAGUUCGACGGCAAGGCCGCCAUCCAACGGCGGGUGCUCCGACACUGCAUUGACGACACCACACUCCGGACGAUGCUCCGGUACCGCUGGAAGCAAGGCAACCGUGCCCUCGAGGCGAUCCCCGAUGACGAGCUCUACGCGUUCUUCAAGACGGACUGCGAGCGCGUGCGGACCAACGUACCGGACUUCAACGCCCGCGUCAGACGCGAGCUCCGGUGCAACGAGACGAUUCGCAACGGCGAGUCCCGUGCUCUCGUCCUCAUCGAGCAGUUCGUCCGCAUCUGCGACGAGUCGGGCUUCCGCGACUACCCCGACGUCGAGCCCGAGGCCGCCCGCAACCACAUCAUCAACGCGGUCCGCCCAGAAUACCUGCAGACGUAUCUGCGCCAAGAAAUCAACUUCUCCAAGAAGCGUUACAAAUGCUGGGACGACUUUGUCGGCCUCCUCAUCGACACGUUCGGCGCGUACACCCGUUUCGAUAAUUACAAGCCCGGCACUAGCUCAGUCGCUGUGCGAGGUGUCGUCGGGCACUUGUACGUUGGUGGCGGUCGGCGUCGGCGGCGUCGGCGGCUCGGCGAUGAUGACGCCUAUGAGCGCGGUGUUGUCGGGCACUUGUACCGGCAGUAGAUCGGCCAAGUCCCAGACGCGCCGUGUCCCACCCGCUUUCGCGAGAAGACCAGUUGGGUUGUAGCCAAGGCGGUGCAUGACAGCGCUAACAAUGGAUAGCUGCAUGAUUGGAUACAUUGAUGUUGGAUAGUUUGAGAUCGUUGGAUACACGGACGCAGUUAUUUGCAAAGAUCAAGAUUGAUGGUGACACACA